AACAAAAAGUCAAAGCUGCCCUGCCCCUCACCGUCUGUAUCUUCUUUCUCACAGGUCACAGGGCGACACUGUGAAACCCUAGUUUUCACUACCAGCGUUCACAUUUCACGAACCUCGUUCCUAGAAGGGGAAGGAAAUCCAUCGUUUUGAUGGAAAUUUCCAACAUCUAUGCCUGCACAUAGAUACAAAUGUUCGAUCUUCUUAUACAGCGAUAAAGGCGAUGUUGAGACAAGGCUUUUCAUCCGCCGGCGCGGCGUCGGGUUCAGUUGAAUGCGGCAAUUGCGGGGCAGUUGAGCGGCGGCUGCCGCUCCACGACGUCCGCCACCGUGGAAACUUCCGGAAGCUGUGCACUACAUGCGUCCUGAGACUCCAUUCCCAGUCCUUCUGCCCCACCUGCUUCACCGUCUACAAUCCUUCUCCGCCUCGUUCCUCCCAAAACGACGCCGUCACCUGCUUCAAGUGCUACUCCUCCUCUCACGCCCAGUGCGUGGGGCCGAACCCCCCGAAUCCGUACAUUUGCCCCCUCUGCGUUACCCCUAACUCCUCAAUUUUUGCCCUCAGGAAGGCCAAUGGCGCUAGUGUGGAUGCCAAAAUUGGGAAUGGUAACAGUAACAGCUGCAGGGUUAUUGACAAAGCUGCGGCUAGGGUUUUGCUGGCUGCAGCGAGGAUUGCUGCCACGUCGAUGAGUAAGGCCGCCAUGGCGGCAAGGACAGAGGCAGAGAGGAGGGCGAAGGAAGCUGCUUUUACUAGGAAACGGGCUAGGGAGGCACUGGAGCAUGUUACUCAUUUGGCUGCUAAGGAGAAGGUGAGGAGGAAGGAGGUUUUGUUGGUCUCUUCCCAGGUCCGGCCCUCCGGUGGGGGUAAUGUGGGCUCUGUAGUAGUUAAGAAGGGGGAUAUAGGUAGGAAUGCAAGCGGCGGUGUGGUGGCAACUCCAUUGCCAGUGGUGGUGAAGAAUCAAAGAGAAAAUUUGGAGAGGGUAGAUACUUCUAGUGAGGUUUUGGCAGCUUUGAAUGCUGUCGAUCUUACCGGGAACGAGAGGUUGCAAGGGUUUGAGGGUCAUAAUGAAUUUGCCGAAGUGCAAGCUCCGGAUAACACUGUUGCCAUGGAUGUGGAGGAGAAUGAAGGGUUGGCUGUGGCUCCUGAUACUGUCAAUGGACUAUCAAUAGUUCAGAACAAUGGUGGUGGGGAUGAGAAUGGAAAGUCUGAAAGUUUGGCUAAAAUUGAGAUUAAUAAUGGCCAAGAAGUGAGAAUAAACGGUGGGAUGGUGUCUAUACCUGCCAAAGGGGAUCAAGACCAGCAGACAAGUCAUACUCUUGCUGUGGAGCACAAUAAGAGUGUUCUGCAGCAGUAAUCCAGCUAUGUGUCGCCAGAGGCUAGUUUUUUCGUUAUCUUGAUGGGAACGAGGAUGGGCAAAAUUUUGUGAGUUGUUUUUGCUAGAUAAAGGAAAAUUUAUCCUAGUAUAGCUUUUAUUCUAUUUUAGAGCAUAGUUCUAUGUAAAAAUGUUUUGAACAUGUAGUGUACUUGUGUAUUAUAUUUCUAGAUGCAUUUAAUUCUCAUCCUUC